AUUUUAAUGUCAGCCUGAUGUCAAUGGCCUAAUUUUUUGUAAUUUUUGUAAUUUUAUAUAACUAACCCGAUUUCUACUAAGUAUAAUAAGUUUAAUUCAAUGUAGGGCUGUUUUAAUAUUUUAGGUCAUUUACCUCGAAAUUAUUGUGAUAAAACUCUAGGGUAAGUAUAGGUAGAUCAACAGAUGUACCAGAAUUUAAUAUGGCGAUCAAUUCUCACGAAAAACUGGGUGAUAAAAUUGGACCAGCAACAAAGUCAUCGUGUUCAAAAUCUUCGAAUCAGAGUUCACGCGGCUUAUUGAAAAAUGAUUAUUCGGCUGAUGGCAGCAUUUCGAGUAGUAACUGUGAUAAAUCCAAGAGUAAAAAGAAUCUGUCUCCUUAUCUUACAGAAGGUAGGGUGCAAAUGCUCUCAAGAAUAACUGAAAAGAGACUCGUGAGUAAAAAAACAACUGAUUUUCCUUCCUCUUAUCCAUUGGCUAUUAACAUCUACAAAGCUAGUUCUGACGAGUUUAAGGCUUUGAAGAAAAGUAAAAAAGUAAAGAAAUCCGUUUUGACGCUACCGAAUGAACCAGCGCCGUUGCCUCAAGCGUGUACCGUUAGCGAUAUGAAUGAUUCAGAGUAUUUCGAUGACAUGAAACAUGAAAGAACAUCGAGACCAAAAAAGAGAAGAACACAGACAAACAGGAGACCGCGUAUGAAUAAGGCAAUGGAAGUGUUUGAUAGAGAUGCAGAAUACUGUUCACGUCUUAAUAUUGAUUUGGAUAAUAGUUCAACAGAAAUGAUCAAUCAAUUUACGGGUGAUGGAAAGAAAAUAUCCAUAAAAUGUCGAAAUAAAAAACCAAAGGAAUCUGCUAUAAAAGCGCAUGAUGUAUGGGCCAUGCUGAAAAAUAUGAACCGUUUUCCAUUUAGAUCGUCCCCUCCUUUGUCAGAUGAAAGUAUAGCUUCAAUAAAAAGAAAUACAUACAAUAAACGUCGAAAUAGCCGAAUGGACACAAAAUUUAUUGAAACAUGUACAACUGAAGAAUUUACCUUUUUUUCCAACUCUAACAAAUCUGCACAUAAUUCACAAUCAAGCAUAGAUCGUAUCACGGUUAUUGAUAAGCAAAAUGAAUAUCAAGAGCUCUGCGAACAAAAAGUUAUUAAAAAUAAAAUUCCUCUCAAAAUAAAAAACCAAAAAAACGAUAAAAAGAUUAAAUCAAAUGUAAAAGCAAAAUGUGGUAAAGUAAUAAGUGAUGGAGGUGAUAAUGACAAAUUCUUUCAUCAUAACGAUGUAAAUCUAAAGCUGAGGAACGAGUUGUCUAACAGUCUCCGAAAUAAAGCACAAGGUCAAGAAAGUAAACUUAUGCUCCCAAAUGAUGCUAACAAUCAUACAAAGAUGAGUACUUAUAACCGCCAAAAAAACACAUCUAGAAAAGACAGUAAAGAGUUUUAUGUAAGUGAAGAUCACUUAACUUCGGAUUCUAGUAACGGAUACAUCAUAAAAGAUCAAACUACAUCCAAGAAAAUUAAUUCUUGUGACUUACAAGGUCCUAUAAAUGGUAUAACAAAAGUUGUAUUAAGUAAAGGUCCAAAUAUUGUUUUAACAAAAAAAGAUGAUAAUCUAAAAAGGCAACCACACUCAGUAAAAAUACCAAGCGCAGCUUUAUAUCCAAAAUUAACUCAAACUGAAAUAAAUCGUCGGUUAGCUAAUAUUAAAUCCCCUUUAGAUAUUUUAGCAAAAGACCAGCUCACUGCUGCUCCAUGUCAAAUAAAAAACUAUGAACCGCCGCAGUAUGUAGAAUUAGAUGAGCAUAACUUACCUUUCAUGCAAGAUUGGCAAACGAAAUGUAAAAAAGCUUUUAAAAAUCCUAAUGAAGAAUCUAAUUCUGUUUAUGAAAAAUCUUCCCAAGACGUAAAAGGCGACUAUGCUCGAUGGAAUAGAAAUGAUAUGAGAAUCAACAAAGGAAAAAAAUGUUUCCUAUUAAAAGACAAAACUGCAAUUCAGCCAGUUCUUAUUCCUAACGCAAAGAAUAUUAAUAACAAAGUUCAAAAGACAGUGGCCCAGUUCAAAGAAAUAAUUGAUAGCGAUUGUAAGAAAUGCAUCCCACAGAAAUUUACAAAACAAACAGAGGUUGAUAAUAAUUCUUUAGAUGUUAAUACAAAUACUCAACGUAAUUUAGUUUUUUCAAACGAGCAAAACCAAAUUAUUAGUAAGAAAGAGAAAAUGCUAAAAUAUAAAAUGCCGUCUAAUAUGAAACAGCCAUGCGGUAAGGGCAGUUGGGCUAGUGAAUUCAUUGAUAAUGUUAUCAAGAAGCUCAAGAGUGGUGUUUAUUAUAACCAAGACGAAAAAGAUAUUUCUAGAAACCCUUCUUGCAAAACGAAAGAAGGGUCAGUUCAAACGGAAAUAAAUUUUGCCAAACAUGAUUACCAUUCUAAUGAAGAAUUCAAUUCUGUUAAUGGAAAACCUUCCCAAGGCAUAAAAGGCGACUAUGUUCAGUGGAAAAACAAUGAUGUGAAAAUCGACAAAGGAAAAAAAUAUUUGCCAUUAAGAGACAAAACUGCAGUUCAGCCAGUUCUUAUUCGUAACGCAAAGAAUAUUAAUAACAAAGCUCAAAAGACAAUCCCCCAGUUUAAAGAAAUAAUGUUACAAUUUUUACAUAACAAGCCUCCUUCAUCCUUUGAUAGCGAUUGUAAGAAAUGCAUUCCACAGGAAUUUACCCAACGAACAGAGGUUUACAAUAACUCUUUGGAUGUUAGUACAAAUACUCAAUGUAAUUUAGUUUCUUCAAACGAGAAAAACGAAAUUUUUAGUAAGAAAGAGAAAAUGCUAAAAUAUAAUAUAAAACAGUCAUGCGCUAAAGGCAGUUGGGCUAAUGAAUUCAUUGAUAACAUUAUCAAGAAGCUCAAGAGUGGUGUUUAUUAUAACCAAGACGAAAAAGACAUUUCUAGAAACCGUUGUUGCCUAACAAAAGAAGAGUCAGUUCAAACAGAAACCAAUUUUGCCAAACAUGAUUUGUGUAAAGAUUGUAUUCAGAAAUCUAACCCAGUCAUUAAAGAAAUCAACAACUGCGACAUUGUUUCAUCCCUUCCAGGUUUUGAAGACCAGCUUUCUGAUUUGAAAAUUGAAUCGAUUGACCAAAAUCAAAUUGCAAUCAAGCAUUGCAUAACCAACAUUAUUGUGCAGUUUGACGUUGCUACACCGUCUCAAAUAGAUCCCAUGCUGCAAGCUAAGCAAUCAAUUUCUUGUAUACCCAUGUCGGUUACUGAAAGUAAUACAAAUAUAUUUAAAUCAAAAACAAUUAUAGUGAAUGCUAUGCUUCCAGCUGAGCUUUGCAGUAUUUUGCCAAAGAUUAUGAGGAAAAUUGUUGAUAGUAAAGUAGUCAUACCGAAAAUUGUUGAUAAAGUUGAUUCCCACUUAUCUACUAUAGCUGAAUUAACUCGAUGUGAAAGCGGCGAUUCAAUUAAACAGUUAAUUCCAGCUCAUAUUGAAAUAUCACCCGAAAUAAGAAGUCUCGGACAAGGGAAUUUUUCAAAAAGUGUAUUAACAAUAGCUAGUAACACAUCUGAUAAGAUAAAAACAAGACAAGAUUAUUUCGAAGAAUUGCAUUCGCUGAAUAUAGCAGAUCCUUUGGCAAAUAUUAAUACAAACCUAUUGUUUAUUUGCCAGAUAGAUCCGAUGGCUUUACUUAUUUACGAAUCACAACAAUCAACAAAAAUUAUAGCAGAAAACCAUUUAGAACAACAAAAGACAUCUAUUUGUAUGGAAUUAAAACCAUACUUGUCAUCUAACAAGCAAAGCCAAAUUAUUCCUGCUUUUCCUAAAUUGAACUUUAUUGAAAUAGCAGCUCGUAUAUUUAGCAAUCAAAACUUUAGUACUCAACUCAGCAUGCCAAUAAUCAAUCAGUUAAAUGAUUUAUGCUACAAGAAUAACGUAAAUAUUAUAAGCGUGGGACUAAAUACUGAUAAGAAUAAAGCUGUCUGUAUCAUCUCUGAUGUAAUGGUCGAUUCUCUUUACAAUGAUUUCCAAGAACAUUUAAAAGAUAGUAAUGGAAUAUCAAGUAUUUUAAAACUCGACCAGAAACACCAAAUUACUGAUAGAAUCAAUAAAAAUACUACUGAUCGUUCACAAAUAAAUAAAUUGGGAAAUUUUAAAAGCGGCGUUGAAUAUUGUGUUACAAAUAGCAAAAAUAAGAAAAGGUCUUUUGUUAAGCUAUACAAAAAAUGUAAAUCUAUGUCGAGUAUAUCUAAUGAGAGAUCAAGCACUGCGCUGCAAAAAAUUACGAAUUUAGACGAGUUUUUCCUCGCUUUGGGCUCAGCAAAAACAUUGACUAGUGUUUUUGAUGAAAGCGUCGAGAGAAAGAUUCUAACGUCAAUAAAAGAGAUGAAAAGUUGGAUUAAUGAAAUUACACCAAGACAAGCUCUUUUAGUUCUGCUUUUAGCAAAUAAAAAGGAUACUUCGAAUUUGGUGCGCUACCGACCUGUCAUUCUUCAAGGGAUAGCCGUUAAAAGAAUCACGCGUGCCUCGGAACUUGAUAUGGAAAUAGAGGUCAUCGCGAGAGAAAAUCUAAAUACAUUUUCUCAGUAUGAAGAAAUUUCUUAUUUACCAGCAUCCGUCGAAAAUCAAGAUAGCCUUUUGGAAGAAUUGUAUUGGAUUGCGAAAACAACUGCGUCAGAUUAUCAAAAGCCUUUCGACGAAUCGUCAGAACGACUGCUAAAAUCUCUAUUGGAAAAGAGGAAAAAGUUGAACCCAUCCUAUCUUCGCGUGAUGGCGCGAUAUGUCGGACUUGGUUUGGUCAAAUCGCCUAAAUGAUUCAAUUGACUUUCAGAAUAGGUACUAAAUAAAUCAUAUUGUGUUUUGUAAUUGUCUUUAGUAAGUACUUAAUUUUCAGAUUUUAUAAGUAAAUUAUUUUGUGUUUUGUAAGUAA